AUGGGUUUGAUCACAGGACUCUGUACUUUCUUGUACCACUUACCUCAGAUUUACAAAUGGCUGCUGAAGCCUUAUUAUAUCGCCUCGUUCUUCAUGACCGUCGCCUUCCUGUUGGUCCGAAAGGCUCCCGGUCUGUGCGAGUACCUGGCGACCCAGCGGGAGGACGGCAACUCCUGCGACUUCGACUGGAGAGAACUGGAGAUCCUCAUGUUUCUCAGUGCUAUAGUGAUGAUGAAGAACAGGAGAGCGAUCACUCUUGAGCAGCACAUAGGCAACUUGUUCCUGUUCAGUAAAGUGGCCAACGUCAUCCUCUUCUUCAGGCUGGACAUUCGGCUCGGCAUCCUUUACGUGUCGCUGUGUGUCGCAUUCAUCAUGACCUGUAAGCCACCUCUCUACAUGGGCCCAGAGUACAUCAAGUACUUCAGUGACACGACCAUAGAUGAGGAGCUGCAGAGAGACAGUCGAGUCACCUGGAUUGUUGAAUUCUACGCCAACUGGUCCUCUGACUGCCAGUCUUUUGCUCCUGUCUUUGCCGAUCUGUCUCUCAAGUACAACUGUCCUGGACUCAGGUUUGGGAAGGUGGACAUCGGGCGCUAUGGAGAGGUUUCACAGAGGUACAGGGUUAGUACUUCUCCUCUGGCUAGGCAGCUACCCUCACUCGUGCUUUUCCAAGGAGGGCGGGAAAUUAUGAGACGUCCAAUGGUGGACAAUAAAGGCAGAGCUGUGUCUUGGACCUUCAAUGAGGAGAACAUUAUCAGAGAGUUUAACCUCAACGAGCUCUUCCAAAAAUCUAAGAAGCUGAACAAAGGUCACGGCUUGAAAGAAGAGGAGCAGAACGGCUUUCAGCCAGAAGAGGGCGGUGACGAGCUCCAUCCUGAAACCGACAACCCAGAGGAGCCCACAGAGAGCAAGAAAGACCAGUGAGCUGAAGAGGAUGAUUCAGAGAGGGGCUGCAUAAAGUCGUUCAUUUUCUUCUGACAUUGCCAUAUCUUACAUUAUUCCAUAAUAAUGUCCAUAAUAAUGAUGGCAUGGAAAAAGGGAAAAUAGCGUCAUGCACUACUAGAUGUCAUCUCUAUGGUUAACCUUUACUGUGGCGAAUAGAUACCCUAAAAAGCUGGACCACAUUUCCCUGGUCUGACUGGGUAUGAUGCAGCGUGGUUUGCAGCCAUGCAAAAGAUAAGUAAUGAUUUGUGGAUAUUUUAUGACAGAAUGUGACAUUCAGGAGGUUGUAUUGGCAGAAACUGAAUCAAAGGUAUGUUUUCAUUAGUGUAAGAAUUCUUCUCAUUACCUUGGAAUCGGACGUUUUUUAAUCUACGGGGGAGCGGGUCCUCUUCCACAGAGGCCACCAUGUUGAACCACCAUGUUUCUACAGUAGCCCAGAACAAACCAAACACUGGUUUUCCAUGAGUUUUAACCGCCACAGUAUUUUCUCCCACACUCUUGGAAGGCUGAGCUGUAUUCAAAUGGUUGCAGUCUGCAGCUUCACCGCUAGAUGCGUCUGAAUCCUACACACUGGAUGAUCUGGGAAUUGAUGCCUUUUUUGUAAUGAUUUGUAAUGUUUUUUGGCAACUUUUAGAACCAGCUCAUCACUGCAUGUAAUCCUUUGUGGUCUGUAUUUUGCAACUAGUGUUUACUGAUGUCUCACAUUUCAAAACCAAAGUAAAAGAUGAGAAAACCGAAAUAAUAAAAAAAAGUGUGAACAAUUAA